AUGGUGGUUCUGGGACCAGAUAAUGAAAGUAUCUUUACAUCGCUUAACAACAGUAAUGUGGAUGUUAGCACUCUGGAGUUUGAGACUCACAACAUCAGUGCCAAUGAUAUAAUCGAACGGUGGACCCACAGCCUUUAUAUGAUCUGCAUCUCCCCAGUUAAGCUCUGCCACUUGGAUGGAACCAAAGAAAAGAAUCUGAAAGACAAUCAAGAAACCAAAAGGAGACGUGAUAUGCUAAUGAGCAGGGUUCAUUUGCAAGAUCCUAGAAGUAUUGCGUUCCACAUUUCUCAUAAGCAAGGGUAA